UGUGGGAUGUCAUAUGUAAAGAAGGAGAUUCUCAUUGGAGGCAAAGAGAAAGAGAACAUCGCUAUGCACGUUUUGAGGAAAGGGGGGGUAAAAAAAGGAAAAACAAAAAGCAUCCUACAUGCUGAAGCCAUCUUGCUCACACUGACACUCUGGACUCCAGGACUCCAGACCUGAUUAUUAAGUGGCUUUGAAAAAGAGCUCAAUCAAGAGCAGGAUGAUGUCCUCCAAGUUGAAGUGGCUGAUUGUGAUCCAGCUCCUGCUCAGUGAACAGGCCUUGUGCAGGGUUCCUCCUCCUCUGGCGCCGAGGGACACUCUGCCUCCAGGAACUGAUACCCAUGAAGAGGUGGAGGAGUUGGCCAAACAGGAUCGUCACUCUGUCCUGGGAUCCCAACCACAGCCUCAUCUCUCAUCUGCUGUUCCUUUAUCAGCACUCGCACAAAAUGAAGAGAGAGUCCAAUCUGCCCGACAUAUGACAUCAGUCCUCAGGGCGAAGCUUCAGGGACAGAUUCAGGAUCACGUCCACAUUCGAGGGAACGUCAGCUGUGAGGAGCUGCUGUCUGCCAGCACAGUGGAUGACCCAUUAUCCUCCAUGUUCCCCCAGGAGCUGUUGGGUCUGUCUUUAGUGCCUGUAUUGGUGGUGGCCGGCUGCCCAAAGGAGGCGCAGAGCCUGGUGCUGAAGCUGUAUGACCUGCUGGGAGUGGAUGAUACAGAGGAGCUCCUGAUGGAGGUGGAGGGUCUGAUAGAGGGGAGGAUGAAGAAGUCAGCAUCUACACCAGCACAUGCAUCAGCAGCAUCACCCUCAGAGAGAGAUCAAGCAGGAUGCCACAUGGAGGCUGUGAUGUUUAACAUUCAGCAGCUGGCCUUGGUGAGAGAAGGCAUGUCCAAGCAGGAAGGACAAUGUGAGGGUUGGACCAGGGUGAAUGGAACCAAGCUGGUGGGGACAGCUGUGGAAGGAUCCACAGGUGAACUGGAGGAUGCUGUGGGCAGCUGUGAAAGACUGGGAUUCCUGUGUGCUGGUGUGACCAGCAGUGGGCCUCUCACACCUGGGAUGUACCACGCAGUGCUGAAACAAGGCAGCCGCGUCCUGCCAUCCGAAUCCACUGAGUGUGAGUGUUGGAUCCGUCAGUGCAGCGCCAAGGAAGAUGUUUUGUUCAGAGCAGCCUCAGGUCAGCGGAUGAAACGCAGUCCCCAGAGGAGCUGCAUCAACAAAAGCGAGGAGCGCGUGUACAAUGUGGUGGAGUGGAUCCCUGCAGUCAGCACCCUCUACAACCUCGGCACAGCUGUGUAUUACGCCUCGGUCAACUGCUCUGAAACAGCCAAAGAGAGGGCCAUCCUCAGCGCUGUUGAUCUUGGAACAGAUGCCCUCAUGGUGGCCACGGGCGGGACUGCUGGGGUGGCGGGCUACGCUCUGGGUGCAGGGGUGAAGACCGGUGUGAAAGCCGGGGUCAGAUACCUGCUCAACUCCAUGAAGGAGGAGGAUGACAUGCUGGUGAACCAGGUCAGCUGGGAGGAGGGAAUCAUCACCGUCCAGUAGACCGAAGGAUCAACAAGCCAGCCUCUGAAGCUUUGACGAUUCACACUGACAUUUAGAUUCAGUUUUAACGAUAGAGGAUCAGCAUCUGUUAGCUUAUAUAUUUGCAGAAUAACAAAUAGUAAUGGCAGACUUUUUAUAAUCUAGAUUGGUCAGAAUACAAGAGUAUACAUUAAUGCAUUUUCUCAGUGGAAUAUCAGACUCAAGUUUUGAAAGGGGAAUAUAGCUUUGAUUUGUUUGUGUGACCGUGCAUGCACAAACGUCAUUUUACAUAAUUUUACACAAAAGCUAUUCUUAUUAUAAUUACUACCAUCAAAUCAAAGCUAAUGACCUAAUGAGAAUUCAGAGUAAAAAAAUAAAUGCCAUUAAACAUUAAUUGUAAACAGUCUGAUCUAUAACCUCAAAAGCUUUAAGCACUUGUUUAAAGAUAGUCUCUUCUUGUGAGUAAUGGAUAAAGUAGUUGAAAAAUGUAUUGGGCAGCAACAGUGAAAAACUGGUCUCAGGAAACUAAACCUUCAAUCCCUCAAUACUUUGAUUUUGCCUGUUAUCAGUGUCGUCUCCUUUUGUUUCCUUUCUUUUUCUCCCAUCAAAUCCUAUUGCCAGUCAGAGUCACAUUCCCAGCUCUGGUGUCAUUGCAGGGACAAUAGAUUGACAACUAAAUUUUGUUAUUUUAUAUGUUUUUUCCCUUUAAAUGUUAAUAAAUUGUGUAUUAAAUUUAA